GUCGACCGGAAAGGAUUACGGUCCUUUAGUUAGUAAAUUUUUAGUAAUUUUCGUGUUUAUAUUGUUAUUAUCCCGGUCACAUUCCAAUAUGUUGUUGAGGACAAAAAGAUAGUGACACUAGCUAUGUUAUUUGUUACCGCGUGAAGGAAAACUAGUGUCAUCAAGAAUCUUUGGCCCUCAACACAAAGUUUCUCACCAUACGGUCUUUGAAGAAUCUCUGGAGUCGCUAAAACUGAGAGAAUUUCAUCAAAACGAAUUAAUUCUGUGAAAUUAAAAUGAAGUGUUUAGCAAGUGCUAGUUUGUGCUUUUUGUUUACAAAUUUGAUUGUGUUUGCUAACGGACGGAUACAGCCUGUUUACCUGAAUCAGUUCGCUGUUUUCGUCCCAUCUGGAGAAUCCGAUGCAAGUGAAAUCGCCAGCAAACACGGAUUCGACUUAAUAGGCCAGAUCAGUUCACUGAAGGGUUACUACCUGUUGGAACACUCCAGGAUACGCAAGAGGUCCUUAAUUCACAGUGAGGAACACCACGAGAAACUCUCCAACGAAGAAAAGGUCAAGUGGUUUCAGCAGCAGCAUGAGAAGAAGCGAGUCAAAAGGGAUUUUUCCGACCCUAAUUUCCCGGGUUUCGGGGAUUUCCAAAAUCUGUUUCCCCCCGCAAGCGUACAACAGCUGGGGUCUCAACACCACAACAGAUAUCGGGGAAUUGGCGCUCAGAACAUCUUCCCGGACCCUCUGUUCAAGGAGCAGUGGUACCUGAACGGCGGCGCUAAGGAUGGCUACGACAUGAACAUCAGCCCAGCAUGGCAGAAGGGUUACACAGGCAAGGGGGUUGUCGUUUCUAUCCUGGACGACGGGAUACAGACCAACCAUCCCGACCUUGCUUUCAACUAUGACAGCGAGGCCAGUACAGACAUCAAUGACAACGACAACGACCCCAUGCCUCGUGACAACGGAGACAACAAGCACGGCACCAGGUGUGCUGGCGAGGUGGCCGCCGUCGCCUUCAACAACUACUGCGGCAUCGGGGUGGCUUUUAACGCCAGCAUUGGAGGUGUGAGGAUGCUGGAUGGGACAGUCAACGACGCCGUGGAGGCCAGAGCCCUCGGUCUCAACCCCGACCACGUGGACAUCUACAGCGCCUCCUGGGGUCCAGAGGACGACGGCAAGACUGUGGACGGUCCUGGACCUCUGGCGCGACGAGCCUUCAUCAACGGAGUCACCAGUGGCAGGAGAGGCAAAGGCUCAAUAUUUGUGUGGGCAUCAGGCAAUGGAGGCAGACAUACAGACUCUUGCAACUGUGAUGGCUACACUAACAGCAUCUUCACACUGUCUAUAUCCAGUGCAACUCAAGGAGGGUUCAAGCCGUGGUAUUUGGAGGAAUGUUCGUCCACGUUGGCCACAACAUACAGCUCCGGUACUCCGGGACACGACAAGAGCAUCGCCUCUGUGGAUAUGGACGGCAAACUGCGGCCCGACCACAUCUGCACUGUGGAACACACUGGUACAUCAGCAUCUGCCCCGCUGGCUGCUGGGAUGUGUGCUCUAGCCCUGGAGGCCAACCCUAGUCUGACCUGGAGAGACAUGCAGUACCUGGUGGUGCUCACCUCCAAACCUGGACCUCUGGAGAAGGAGAGCGGAUGGAUCGUCAACGGAGUCAAGAGGAAAGUGAGUCACAAGUUCGGCUAUGGCCUGAUGGAUGGAGGAGCUUUAGUCACAUUGGCUGAGCAAUGGACCACAGUUCCGUCCCAACAUAUCUGCAAGUCUCAAGAGAUCAAUGAGGAAAGACAAAUAGAACCGUCGUACGGCAGCGCACUGACAGUGUCCAUGGACGUCAACGCUUGUAUCGGUACUCUCAAUGAGGUUAGGUUUUUGGAGCACGUCCAGUGCAAGAUCACGCUGAGGUUCUUCCCCCGAGGUAACCUCAGGUUGCUGUUGACCUCACCCAUGGGCACCACGUCAACUCUGCUGUUUGAAAGGCCGAGGGACGUCGUCAGUUCCAACUUCGACGACUGGCCUUUCCUCAGCGUCCAUUUCUGGGGAGAGAAAGUGGAGGGGAGGUGGACUUUGCAGAUCAUCAAUGCUGGGAACAGACAUGUCAACCAGCCAGGAAUUUUGAGGAAGUGGCAACUGAUCUUCUAUGGAACAGCUGUCAACCCUAUCCGCCUUAGGUCUAGUCAGGGGUCUCCGUUGGCGCACGCCAGUGAGACAUUUGCGGCGUCGUUUCCAUCGUCUGCGCCAGCCAACAUCUACGGCGGUGGGGACAUUUUCAGCUCCUUCUCAAACCUGCCCAACAUAUUCAGUGUGGCUGGCAGUGAACCUGAGGCAUCAAUUGCUACUAUGAAUGGAAACAAGCCCCCAGAGUUUGAAGAUGGUGGUGCAAUGGAAGGUCGCAAGAUUCUACACACUUGCGACCCGGAGUGUGAUUCGCAGGGAUGUUAUGGCAAGGGACCCACGCAGUGUGUGGCUUGUCAACACUAUAAACUGGACAACACUUGUGUUUCAAGAUGUCCGCCCCGUAGUUACCCUAACCAAGCCGCUGUGUGCUGGCCAUGCCAUGAAAGUUGCGAGACUUGCGCCGGGCCAGGCCAGGACUCUUGCCUCACCUGUGCGCCGGCUCACUUCAGAGUCACCGAUCUUGCGGUGUGCCUGCGCCAGUGCCCUGAAGGCUACAUUGAAAACAGUGACGAAGGAACCUGUGUUCCUUGUGAGGCCAACUGCGCCAGUUGUCAAGACCGGCCAGACCAUUGCACCAGUUGUGAGCACCAUCUGGUCAUGUUUGAGAACAAGUGUUACGCCGCAUGUCCCAUGUACACCUUCGAGACAGAUGACUACAGAUGUAUGCCGUGUCACUCUACUUGUGAGACGUGUCGAGGUCCGAGUGAUUCGGAGUGUAUCACUUGCCGCUCUGGUCGUCUCUCCCUCGGUGGCAUCUGCUACUCGGUGUGCCCCGACGGAUACUUCACCGACAAGAAGCGCAAGGAGUGUAUGAAGUGUCCGACAGGCUGCUCCACCUGCAACUCCGCCACUUGUCUGUCUUGCGAGGUCGGAUACACUCUCAACAAGAAGGGGAAGUGUGUGUUGGAGGGCAGCAGUCAGUGCGGGCCAAGCCAAUUCUACUCCGGCACUCACUGUGAGAGUUGCCACGACAGUUGUGAUAGUUGUCACGGCGCAGCUUCCAACAACUGUCUCAGCUGUUCAGGCCAGCUGCUGCUGGAGCGGUCGUCGUGUGUCGGGGGCUGCUCGGCGGGCUACUACCCGGAGCAGAGCCAGUGUGUGCAGUGUCUCCACACUUGUAGUCAGUGUGUCAGUCGCAUCAACUGCACCACCUGCAAGCCCGGCCUGCAGCUGCAGAGCGGAGAGUGUAGAGCGACGUGCGCUCAGGGUUACUACAGCGACCUCGGCGUAUGCGCCAAGUGCUACCUGAGCUGUAUGACGUGUUCGGGUCCCCGUCGCGACCAGUGCGUCUCUUGUCCCCUCGGCUGGCAGCUGGCCGGUGGCGAGUGUCACCCUGAGUGUCCGGAAGGGUUCUUCAUGAGCAACUACGGCUGCCAGAAGUGCCAUCACUACUGUCGGACUUGCAAAGGUGAAGGUCCGCUAGAGUGCACGUCCUGCCCGCCUCACUCCAUGUUGGACGGAGGACUGUGUAUGGAGUGUCUCAGCUCGCAGUAUUACGACCCUCCCACACAGAUGUGCAAGCCUUGUCACGCCGCGUGUCGUUCGUGCAGUGGACCCGGUCCGUUCAGUUGCACCUCCUGUACCUACCCCUUACAUCUGGACACUCUCAACAACCAGUGCGUACCUUGCUGCACAGAGACGACCACGCAGGACUGCUGCUCCUGUGAUAAGGACACCGGAGAGUGUCACAACGCGUCGCCGGCUGGCAAGCGGAGGAUCACGUCGGAGCAGGCGGAGCGUGCCAACACAGAGCAGCUGGAAGCUAUGCGGCUGCAAGCAGCGCAGAGAUACUCCGCGUUUCUACCCAUCACAGCGGUGGCCGUCAGCAUCUGUGUGGCCGUCGUGGUGGUGUUCACCCUCGUCUUCGUCAUCCUACAGGUGAGGUCUCGCAACAGUCAGAGGCUAGGCUACAGCAAGGUGCCUCUGCACAGAUAUACCUCCACACCUCCCGAAGUGACGAGGGAGUUCGCCUCGGACGACGAAGUUCUGUUCACAAAAACGUAACAAACAGUCAACCGUCGCCCCGUUGCUUAUUCUUUUCUCUGAACAACAUGAACAAACAACCGAUCGUCGUCGGACGGUCACAUGACAAAAAUAUUUUAAUUCUACUAGAUAAACAUGUUAAUAAAGGACAUUAUAUAUUUUCCUAUA